AUGUCUCAGUACGGAAAUACGGUGUACACGCCUGAUCAGUUCAUGGAUACGCGGCCGGCUCCCCGCCCCCCUACGGAUCGGCCCCAGUUGACCAUUCCCACCAACAAUCCCAAUCUGGCCACUUCGUUCGGCCAAAUGUCUCUACAAUCGCCCAGUACCCCAGGCCCCGUCCCCGGCGGCAACCUCUCGCUGUUCCCCAACACUAGUUCUCCAUCGUUGGCCCGGAGCCAGACUGGUGGACAGGGUGGAGUCGGUAUCGUCAAAGAAGGACCCGUGCGCUGCAAGGAAGACAAGUUUUUGGCAACCUGGGGCCAGCGAUAUCUUAUUCUGCGUGACUACAAAAUCGAGUUCUUGAAGAGCGAAACGGGCAAGAGCGUCCUGUCCUUCCCGCUGUCAACCGUCACCAAUGUGUCCCGCUCGGAAGAUACCAAAAUGGCUUUUGAGAUUGUGCGCCUGGCCAAUCCCAAGGACGCAGGCUCCAAGGCCGCCAUGAUCUCCCGUGACGUGGCGACCAAGUCGAUUACCUGCGAAGUGAGAACCGAUGACGAGAUCUACGACUGGAUCGAUAAGAUCUAUGAGCGCUGCCCUGGCAUGGGUGGUGUCAGCAACCCGACCAACUUCAGCCAUCGGGUUCACGUUGGCUUCGAUCCCCAGACGGGCGCUUUCGUGGGCUUGCCUCCAGAAUGGGAGAAACUUCUGACCGCGUCCGCCAUUACCAAGGAGGACUACAAGAAAAAUCCUCAGGCGGUCAUUGAAGUCUUGGAAUUCUACUCCGAUAUCAAGAUGCGGGAGCAGAACCCCCAGUAUUACGCCGGCUUGGGUGGUGCGGCUAAUGGACAAGCGAAGCCACUCGGCAGCAACACUGUGGGCAACUCCAUUGCUCCUCCACGCCCUCCUCCGCCUGGGCCUACACAGCGUCUGGACAGCGCAGAGGGUUCUAUGCGCCAGUUGGAAGAGAUGAAGCGAAUGGCUGAACAGGAACGUCGCCGUGUUGAGGAAGAGCGCCGGAAGGACGACGAAGCAUACAACGCGUCCUUGCCCAAGACCCGGCAACCCUUGGCCAAGCAAGAGAUUGGUGGCUACGGGGGCUCAGAUUCUACUUCGAACAGCCGUUACCAGCCAAGUCGUCCAGCACCGCAAGCCCCGGGAUCUGGAGCGCGCAGCCAAAGUCAAGAUCCUCGCCAGCUUACCGCGCAGCGUCCAGCUCCGGCUCCUCCUGCGCAAAGCCCCUAUGGACAAAGUCAAUCCCGAGUGCCCGGCUCUCAAUCGCAGACCUCAGACUCGCCCAGUUCCGCGUAUCCUCCCAACGACCCUCGUGCUCAGACUCCCCGUCAACCAAACAAUGUAUCCAAGACCCAACAGGCCCAAGGACCUCCUCCUACCCGCUUGCCCGCUCCUGUCCAGGCUGUGAAGCCUCUCAACAUUGCCAACAAACAGAAUGGAACCAAGCAGGGUGUUCCUGAUGGUGUCCGUCAGGCUGAAGCUGCCUUAACCAAGAAGCCCGAUCAGCCGCACAAGAAGGAGGUGCGCAUGUCAGCGAUGACUGAGAACGAAGUCAUGGAUCGCCUGCGGUCAGUCGUGUCCAAAGACAACCCGAACGAGUCCUACAGCAAGCAACGCAAGAUUGGUCAGGGUGCCUCCGGAUCAGUGUACGUGGCGCGUGUUAAGGAACAGGCAACAUCGGGCGUUGCUCGUGAGCUUUACCGCCAAUAUGGCCCUCGCUGCCAAGUAGCCAUCAAACAGAUGGACUUGCGCAGCCAGCCUCGCAAGGAGUUGAUUGUCAACGAGAUCAUCGUCAUGAAGGACAGCCAGCACGCCAACAUUGUCAACUUCCUCGACUCAUUCUUGCAGGAGUCAAGCAAUGAGCUCUGGGUUGUCAUGGAGUUCAUGGAGGGUGGUGCCUUGACCGAUGUCAUUGAUAACAACCCGGUGAUUUCAGAGAAUCAGAUUGCGACAAUCUGCCACGAGACUUGCAAGGGGCUGGCCCACCUGCACAGCCAAAACAUCAUUCACCGUGAUAUCAAGAGUGACAACGUUUUGCUCGACCGUGUCGGCCACGUCAAGAUCACUGAUUUCGGUUUCUGUGCCAAGCUCACCGAGUCGAAGAACAAGCGUGCCACUAUGGUUGGCACUCCUUAUUGGAUGGCCCCCGAGGUGGUCAAGCAGAAAGAGUACGGACCCAAAGUCGACUGCUGGUCGCUGGGUAUCAUGGCCAUUGAGAUGAUUGAAUCCGAGCCGCCGUACCUGAAUGAAGAGCCCCUGAAGGCACUGUACCUCAUCGCGACAAAUGGAACCCCGCGCCUGAAGAAACCCGAGAAGCUGAGCAAGGAACUCAAGGCCUUCCUGAGCGUAUGUCUCUGCGUGGAUGUCCGCAGCCGAGCCACCGCCGACGAACUCCUCGCCCACGAAUUCCUCCAGAUGGGCUGCAGUCUCGCUAGCCUCGCAGAAUUACUGCGGUGGAAGAAGGCUAACGGCCAGUAA